GGGUUUGCGAAUGAAGACAACUUGUCGAUUUCGAUACCGUCCGCCGCCGGGGAGCAGUUAGUCUCUCUGUUCAUUCCACCGGACUAACAACUGCUCCGCUUCGGAAAGGUACACUCUUACACGUCGCAGUCGAAGGCUACAAGAUGGAUGAUGGUGCUGCAUCCACGGGCGUCAUUGUGAAGAACAAACCGGGCGCAAAACCGCUGAACAUCGUCGACGACUUCAAUCGGCGCAAGAUGACGCUCUACAAGCACUGGGUUCGCCCACAGUUCUUGCAGUACAACUACAUGUACGACUACCGUGUCAACUACUACGACGACGUCAUCAACUAUCUGGACCGGCGAUCGCGGGGCGUCCAGUCGGAGAUUCCGCGCCCGCAAACCUGGGCCGAACGGGUCCUGCGAACGCAGAGAAGCACCCCGCGUGACAUCAACGAUGUGUACAACUACACCAACAUCGGCCUGAAGAGAGACGACAAGAAGCUGAUGUACACUCUAAGUAAUCAGAUCAAGUCGUACAACUGUCACUCGAAGGCUUACACUAACAGAAAGUACCGCAAAAUCCUGUAAGACAGGCCCACAGUCUCCCGGUACUACGGGCUGCCGCACGCGCUUUGUUUUCACGCAGAAACUGGGAAGCCAGAACUUAACCACCGGCCUAAUAACAACCGGCCAGGCCAUGCGCUCAGCUAACAACCCGUGCUACCCGUGGCCGUUAGUAGUACUUGUUUUUUUAUUAAAGAGAAAAAAACGCGGAAAAUAAUCGCACGUCGACGCCCCUUUACUGAACGCCUCCCCUAAUCGCCGGAAGCCGUAAGAAAAGAAAAGACACAACAAAAAAAGUAAAUCAAACUCCAGUAUAAAAAAAGUUAAUAACACAAAAAACGCAAACAAAAAAUACUGCAACCCGAACCGCGAAUGUCCUUUCGCCACACGCGCGCCCGCGCUCGGCGCUCGCCUCAGCAACAGAGAGACUCGAACGAAAACGAACCGCAUAUUACUGUCUCGCCCCCCCCCCUCAACGCGGAUCUCUUUUUUAUUGUUUUAGUCCCCCUCACCGAAAAAGCCCAGCCUGUAGGGUGAUGUUUUCGUAGUUUGCUGUUCUGUGUACGGAGUUAGGAGAGUUUACGGAACAGUGCCGCCGCUCCCUGCAUAUUCCCGCCAAACGAAGCCUAGUGUUAGAGAAAUAAUUAUUAGAUGCCCCCCAAAACACUGCUUCUUUGUAAUAGCUUCUAACUAGCGCCUAAUUCUUGCAUACACGUACCGAGUAAGAUGUGUUUGUUUGUUGUU